AUGUCACCGGAUGAGACGGUGGAUUACUACAGGAAUCUCAACAGUGUGAAGGCCCGUCUCCAGGUCCACGGUGAGGGUCGAGAGAACCCCUUCAGGAGGAGGAGUUCCUCUCGGCUGCUGGACCCAAAGGUCCUGGUUCUGGUGCAGCGAGUCCCCGGGGUCGGCGGGGUCAAAGCUCUGGCGCUGCUGCAGGAGUUCUCCAGCAUCCACCAGCUCUGCAACGCCGCCCCCCACGAGCUGGAGCCCAUCGUGGGUCAGGCUGCAGCUAAGCAAAUCCACAGCUUCUUCCACAAACCCACUGCUGCUGGAACCUGAGCUCUCUGAGUCUGGGGUCUGA